UGAUAAGCAUUUAUAUGAAAUAAUCAAUCGGAUGAAGGGCAACGGGUAAAAAACUAAUUAAAUAAAUUAACAGUUCAAAGAAACAAGAAACCCCUACCCCAAGACAGCCGAAGACCCUUGCGAAACCAAAGCAUCUGUCGUUGAGGUUCUCCGUCCUCAGUUGUCUGACGGCAGGCGAUGGUUGUGUUGGUGUUGUUGCUUGUGUUUUUGUUGACUGAGCGAGGAAUUUCACAGUCAACGGAUCAUGAUAUCAAUACUAACAAUUCCCAUCCUACCGUUUUGGCGAUUAACACAUCUACAAUAAAUCUGCCAAAUUUUAUCAAGAAUCGCAAAGCCUCUACCCUUGCUGAACUCAGGAUUGAAGUACUUAAUACUAGUUUUGAUGACACGGUGUAUGAAGAAUCUCAGUGCCGGAACUACCUCUCUACCGAUCAGUGUGUGGUUUGUUCAGAGGCCGGCCCUUCUGAAUCUGGCAUGUGCACAGCUGGCCUUGGUGCUUAUGUUGUCUUCGAUAACUGCUUUGCCAGGUACGAAGACUUUGCUGACUUCUAUAAUAAACCAGAUGUCACUCAAGAUGGUACUGGCACUCCAUUUUCAACAUGUGGCACUCAACUAGCAUCCAUAACAACUUUCAAACCAGUUGUAGAUAGUUUGUUAUCAGAUCUUCGAAAUGCUACUCCAAAAGCCUUUAAUUUCUAUGUAGCAUUGACAAAGGAAAUCACAAGUGAAGAUGCAACCAUGUAUGGGAUUGGACAGUGUGUUGGAAACAAGACUGUUUGUCAAACAUGCAUGAAUACAGCGUACAACAAAUCAAAUAAUUGCCUUCCAAGUAAAGAAGGAAGGUUUUUCAACAUGGGAUGUUUUGCCAGAUAUUCAAAGACUCCAUUAUUUAACCAGACAACAACAGACGUGACAAGUGUCUUAAAGGGGAAUUCAAGUAAGGCAACUAUACUUGGUGGAACUCUUGCUGGUGUAGUUCUUUUUAUCCUUAUCGUUGUGUUCUGGUUAUUGUAUCGACUACGGAAGGCUAAAAAUACUGAACAAGUGGAUUUGAAGGGGGCAGUAAUGUACAGUUAUCGCGAUCUGCAAUUGGCAACCAAUAAUUUUUGUGAAGAAAAUAUUCUGGGUAGAGGAGGUUUUGGUGAAGUGUUCAAGGGAAACCUUGAUGUUAAGACUGUUGUAGCCGUGAAGAAACUUCAAGUAUAUCAUGCUAGAUCAAAAGAUGAAUUUGAGAAUGAAGUUAAGCUUAUAACUCACAUUCAUCAUCGAAAUCUUUUACGUCUACUUGGAUGGUCCAGUGAAGGAUCUGAUCUACUUCUAGUCCUUGAAUAUAUGCCAAAUGGAAGCCUUGAUCAAUUCUUAUGGGGUGCAAAAAGUGGGACUUUGGACUGGAACCAACGAUAUGAGAUAAUUUUUGGGAUAGCUAGGGGUCUUGCUCAUCUGCACAAUGAAUUCCAUGUCAAAAUCAUUCACAGAGAUAUUAAAUCAAGCAAUAUUCUCCUUACUGAUGAUUUUAAGCCCAAGAUAGCAGAUUUUGGGUUGGCAAGGUUUCAACCUGAAGACCAAAGUCAUGUUAAUACCAAGUUUGCUGGGACAUUGGGAUAUACAGCACCAGAAUAUGCACUUCAAGGUCAUUUAUCGGAUAAAGUUGACACUUACAGUUUUGGAGUCGUGGUUCUUGAAAUCAUUAGUGGCAGAAGGAGUACUGAAGUGAAUAGGUCAUCCUCUGAUUACCUUCUGGAACAUGCAUGGAAGUUGUAUGAAAAGAAAAUACAUAAGAAGUGCAUUGAUGAGACGUUGGACUCGAAACAAUACGAACAAGAACAUGUGAUGAAUAUCAUUGAGAUUGCUUUGUUGUGCACACAAUCACCAGUUUCGAAGAGACCAACCAUGUGUGAAGUGGUUUUGAUGCUUCAAGAUGGUCAAUCAGUGGGGAAAAGACAGCUAAUCAGACCUUCUUUUGGGUACAAUCAUGAUACAAGGAUUCAUAUAGAAUCUUGA